AUGUCAUCCCAGAAGCACACCAAGGUUCUCAUAGCGGGUGGGAGUGUUGCUGGACUCACCUUGGCCAACAUCCUCGAAAAGCUUGGAAUAGACUAUCUGGUCUUAGAGAAGUAUGGAAAGAUUGCUCCUGAUCUAGGUGCGAGUAUUGGCAUACUUCCCUAUGGCCUUCGUAUUUUCGAUCAGCUUGAUUGCUUUGACGAUGUCAAAGCUUUACUCAAGGGUGUGGAUGCUGGUGAGCUAUUGACUCAGAGGGACGACAAUGGCAAGGUUGUACUACUCUUUGAGGGAGCCAACAAACGCAUCACCGAGCGUUUUGGAUAUUCGCCGGUCUUCGUGGACCGUCAGAUGAUAAUCCAGGUUCUAUAUGAUAAGUUGCCUGACAAAUCGAAGGUCCUCACCAACAAAGGGGUCACCGAGGUCAGGCAGUCUACUGGCGGGGUUGAAGUUGUCACCGCAGACGGGGAAACCUACCACGGUGAUAUCCUUGUUGGCGCGGAUGGUAUUCACAGUACAGUGCGCGAGGAGAUGUGGAGACUGGCAGAUCAGGAAACACCCGGAUAUUUCUCUGUCAGCGAUCGAUCGAUACCAACAGAGUACUGUUGCAUCUUCGGCAUAUCGCGACCAAGCGAGAAAUUCCCUUGUUCGACACAAAAUGUACAAGGUCGAAACAAUUCAUACCUCGUCUUGACCGGACCAGAUCACCGCAUCUACUGGUUCCUGUUCAAGAAGCUUCCAGUGACGGCCUAUGGCAAGAUCCCGCGCUACACCAAAGAUCAAGAGGACGCGCUGGUAGCGGAACACGCGUCCGAUCAUAUCACAGAUACUCUGACGUUCGGCGAACUGUAUGCAUUACGCAAAACAUCGACCCUACAAGCUCUUCCGGAGGUGGUGUUUAGUAAAUGGCAUUACAAUCGCAUCAUAACCAUUGGAGAUGCCGCCCAUAAGUUCAACCCUAUCAGCGGCCAUGGCGGAAACAGCGCAAUCGAAGAUGCCGCAGUUCUCGCAGACCAACUCCACGCUCUUUUCAACCGUAAAGGCGAAAGCAUCACCGACGCAGACUUCGUCAAGGCUUUUCAAACAACCCAAAGCCUCCGUGUUGACCGCGCGACCGCUCUUCUGAAGUUCUCUCACGCCCAACAAAGUGUACAGGCCAUGGACACUGUGACAUCGAAAUUCAUAGCAAGAUAUAUCGUGCCCUUGUAUCAUGCAGAGAAGAUGAUCGACGUGCUUUGUGGCACCUCACGUGGGGGUACGCAUAUCAAAGCGCUGCCGUUGCCAAGUCGGCCGCACAGCGAUCUUUGGGAUGAUGAGAAGGAAGCAAACUUGGUUGAUUGGAAACGUGUGGGCUAUGUUUUCUCUGCGACUGUAGCUGCUUUAGCUGUGUUUUCGACUCAGACGCAAAGCGUAGACCAGGAGAUUGAUCAGUACCAUUAG